AUGACACUUCACCCCGGUAGGGGAGAGAGGAGACAUGGUCGGUGGGCGGCCAAUGGCCAUGUAGGGGAAAAAGGGGGCGUGGUCAAUAGUGGGCGGGGCAAGAGGGCAGGGGUGGUGAUGGGAGUGUGGGAGUGUCGGUGGGUGGGGUUGUCGGAGGUUGAUAUAGGGCUCUCACCCAGCCACACCAUCGCACUCUCACACACUACCAUGACAAGGUCUUGCGUGAUGCCUCUAGCAGCCUGGGUGUUACUGGCAACCUUUACCUGGUGUUCCUACGCCCACGCCGCCCAUGCUGCCCCAGUCCCGCCCGUCGUAGCCGCCCUCAGCUCUCCCUCUCAGGGCUUCGGCUCCAACAACAGCGAAGACGACUCCGUAGCUCAGCCUGAGAAGAGAUUACUCAAAUAUUUCCACCCAGGAAGCCAGGCAUGGAUGGACGAUGGCGGAGACUUGUACCCCAUCAGUCAGGAGGGCUCCAAGAGAGCCUACAGCGAUAGGAACUUCCUGAGGUUUGGACGCAGCGAUGUGGACAAGAGAAAUCGUAAUUUCCUCAGGUUCGGACGCAGUGAUCUUGGUGACUACGACAACAGCGACGACGAGACUCUCAACGACUCCCUCGUGAAACGAAGCCGGAACUUUCUGAGAUUUGGCCGCUCCGUGAACCGUCAGCUUAACGCCCUGUCUUGUGAUGGCUGUGAUGAGCACAACUACCCAGGAACCAACCCUAUCCCACCACCCAUCCCUGUCCAGUCCAUGGUUCCCGCCAAGCAAGACAUCGCCCACACCAUCGAGUCUCCAGAACUCGAUGACAGCACUUCUCAUCGCAUGAAGAGAGCCGCCAUUCCAACCGCUAAUGAUUACGGGUCAAUGUCAUCCUACAGCCCCAUCGCCUGGGCCAGAGGAUUCCAGCCUGAAGAACAGAUAAUCACCGUGUCCUCAGAGGAUCCACAGGACGUAAACAAACGCGCACUUGAUCGUAACUUCCUGCGCUUCGGCCGUGAUCGUAACUUCCUGCGCUUCGGCCGCAAUCGUAACUUCCUCAGAUUUGGCAAGCGGGACAGAUCCAACGAAUACCGGCCAUCCUCGCCCUCCGAGUCCAGCGAGUCCCUGGUGGCGGUGAGUCCAGCUGAGUACUCCCGCAACGUGAGGGCGCCCCAGAGAAAUUUCCUCAGGUUUGGCUGAACUGGAAGACGAGUCUAAUUUCCUCCCCUUAGGGUUCUGACCUUCCUUCGUCCCCAUAAUGACCUUAUCAACCCAAUGAACCCCACAUUAUAUACAAGUAUAACCCGCCUGUGUCAGCAACCAUAUUAUUUAACAUGACGGAUAAUUCUGCUCAAUAGUCUUCAUUCACAAUGUUGUCGCUUACAGAAAACGGAGAAGAGAAUAGUGAAAAACAGCGAUGAUGAAGCAUUGCGAAUUUAUUUAUACAAUUAUUUAAAGUAUAUUUGUAAAUGCACUCUUGUUCAUAGGUUAUAAUCUGGAUCAACUUUACAAUUAAAUUUUUUUUUUUAAGUUUCGCAGAAGUCAUUUUUUUGUGUGUUUUCCUAAUUGUGUCGUAGACAAGUCGUGUAAAUAAUUUAACUAAAGAACAUUUAGUUUAUAUAUUUAAUAAAAUGUAGAUCUAACGAUUUAUUCAAAUCAUGAAAACCUGCAGAGUUUUUUUAUUAUAUGUUUC